AUGGCGCCCUUGUCUCCCAACCCGACGGCUCGUGAUACAUCGAAUGUACCAAGGCAGAAUGCUAUCCGCAGCGAUGAUUCGUCAGCCCUCGCAGUGACAGAUGCGAGCGGCGGUCUUGCACUUUCACUUUACGCCGAAAUGGCCGAGCGACGAAGACGAAGCAACGCCAAAGCACAGCAACGCAGACGCGACAGGGCUAGACUGAUGCAGCAGAGUAGCUCCGAGUCUGGCAGAAGUGCACCGGCCCCGAGCAGUGUGCAUGGUGGCAUCGGUGUCUCUGCCGAGGAAGUGGGUGGGACCAUACGCCAGCACGAUAGCGCCAGUGAAAGCGACGCUGAUACACUUGAAGACGAAGCGUUGCUGCUUUAUCACUUUAUUUCUGUAGUGGAACCUCUGGUCAAUGAGGCGGAACACUUUUCGCUGACAAGCAUGACCUUUGUGGCCGUGUACAAGGCUAUCUACACGCGGCUAGGUCUCCCUGUCCAUGUGAUGGAGCAGUAUGACAGCGUCAAUCCAAUUCCCGCCAGCUGGCGACUGCACCAGCAAUCGUGCACGCGUCGAUUCGAAUCUUCGGCCCGAAACGCAACAUCCUGCAAUAGCCGCGACGACACGGGCUCGCAAACACUUGAACAACACCUUGCUUGGGACGCUUUGCCGCCAAACAUGCAUCCUACCUCGUUGCAGCUGAGUGACGAUCACCAUGCCUUCUUCGACAUCUUUUGCCCUUGGCCAAAGGUGCGAGAUCGUGUGAUUAGGUCGCUUCGCGAUGGAUCGAUCGAUCAGCAGGAGUUUUGCAAGGACCUUCUGCAGCACCCACUAACAACUGGCGCACCUCAGCCGCUCAUCAUUUGGCAGGGGGGCGACCCAGCUGAUAUGGAUAAUUGGGAGCUACAAGAAGCGUUUGCCAAACGAUAUGCUGAUAUAUUCGAUCAUGACGUCUUGCAUCGGACCAAUUGGUGGCGUGCCAAGCGCGGCCUGGAACCGAUCCUUCUGUGGAAGGAUUGA